GCCGGAAAAACAACAGUAGAAGAAGAGUCGUCAGGUUCCGUUUACAGUCCAGUGUGGCUAUGUUAACGCUGGCAAAAUAACACUAAUGAUUGUUUACAUAGUUGGAUAUUUUCCAUUAUUAAUAACUCGGCAUGGGAAAGAGAGACAAUCGAGUGGCUUAUAUUAACCCCAUUGCUGCAGCACGAGCCAGAGGACCGUCACAGAAUGCCGGACCAUCAAUACAGGAUUACUUAAGCAGACCUCGACCAACAUGGGAGGAGUUAAAGGAGCAGCUGGAGAAGAAGAAGAAGGGCUCUCGGGCCCUGGCUGACUUUGAGGACAAAAUGAACGAUAAAUGGAGGAAAGAACUGGCCAAGAACAGAGAGAAGAUGUUAGGUGGGAGUGAAAAAGACAAAGAGAAAGACAAAAAGAUUACAGACAAGGAAAAGGAGGAGAAGAAAGAAAAAAAGGAGAAAAAGAAGAAAGAGAAGAAGAAAUCCAGCAGGCAUUCUUCGUCUUCCUCCUCCUCAUCGAGUUCUGAUUCCUCCAGCAGCUCCUCCUCAGAAUCUGAAGAAGAGGAAGAAAAGAAGAGUAUCAAGAAAAAGAGGAAGCGAAAGAAGUCAUCGGUCAGGAGAGCAUCAGACGGCUCAGAUGAAGAAUCUGAUGCUGACAGCAAGAAGAAGAAGAAAAGAAUCAAGGAAGAAGUCGACAAAGACAAGGACGACAAGUUCCGUAAAAGAAAAAAGAAGGCUGAGCGAAGUUAUAAAGACUCAUCAUCUGAGUCCACUGCAGACUCUGAGGGGGAAGAGGUAGCUGAAGCUAAGAAGAAAAAGAGAAGUAGCGAGGAAAAGGAGAAAAUAACAGACAAAUCCAAGAAGAAGAGGAAAAAGAAGCACAAGAAGCAUGGCAGAAAAAAGAAAAAGAAGGCAGCAUCACAUUCAGACUCUGAGCUCGACUAACCACCGUAGCUUUACGGUUGUCUCAUCGUCCUGACAGUCACAAGUAGUGUUCUUUUUUUUUUGCCUUUUGACUUUAAAAAUCUCCUUCCAUCCAGCCUGAAACCGACACACUCGCAAUGCUGGAGUUCUGUGAGUGAAGUUACAAACGGGCAUGGAGGCCGCCCCUCAAAAGUGGCAACUACUGGUACAUAUCUUCUGUUGAUUUUUACCUCGAGGCUUUUUUGUAGAUGAUUGUUCUUCGAGUUUCACUCAACUUCAGGACUGAAAUGUAUUUCACUGUUUUUUUCACCCCCUGCUUAUCUUGGAGAUUUCAGUUUGACCAGCACUUCCUUUCUACCCUCGGUAUGCUGGCCCUCUCGCUCUCUCUCUCUUUCUGGUGACUCUGCUUCACACCCGACAGCUUGCAUUUCUAGUUGCCAGAUGAAGCUGUUAAGCUCGUACCUGCGUCAUGCAUGUAGACCUGAUGAUCGGAUGUCUCACCAGCCUCAUAUUGAAGCUGGAUGUAUGAUGAAUAAAUGUGAGCUUCACAGUCGACCGUUACACAAAGGAGAACUGCUCAGUUAGAAGAAUGACUACACUGCAGUGUAAAUGUGUAAACAAUGGGAGUUCAUGAAUAAAGUAUUGUUUGAGCCUUUUA